AUGUCAACAAGUACAACCAUUGAUGUUCCGGAAUCAAGCAACAUUAAGGGAAAAACAACUCUAGUUGCACCUCCAAGGCCAGGAGGAUGGAAGAAAGGCAUGGCAAUAAUGGACUUCAUUCUAAGGUUAGGCGCCAUAGCUGCCGCUCUCGGCGCGGCGGCCUCCAUGGGAACAAGUGAUCAAACUCUUCCUUUCUUCACUCAGUUCUUUCAAUUUGAAGCUAGCUAUGAUAGCUUUACUACCUUCCAGUUUUUUGUUAUUUCAAUGGCAAUUGUAGGUGGCUACUUAGUCCUAUCUCUACCAUUCUCCAUAGUAGCCAUCAUUCGCCCUCAUGCAAAAGGACCAAGGCUUUUCCUGAUUAUCUUAGACACUGUGUUUCUUACUCUAGCUACGUCUUGUGGUGCUUCAGCUGCUUCAAUAGUAUACUUGGCACACAAUGGGAAUCAAGACACAAAUUGGCUUGCUAUUUGCAAUCAAUUUGGAGAUUUUUGUGCACAGACAAGUGGAGCAGUUGUGUCAUCAUUUGUAACUGUUGUUAUUUUAGUCUUGUUGGUUGUCAUGUCUGCUUUGGUUCUUGGGAAGCAUUGAAAAUUAAGAUGAGAUGACUAUGCUGUGUAGGGGCCUAAGUGUCCUAUAUAUUGUAGUGGGGGUUUUCAUGGUUUCAUUGAAUUGUGUUAAAUUGAUUCGAGAUGAUGUUGUUAUGGAAUAUUAAUUAUAAUUAA